GAUUGGCGGACGGGGGCAUUGACUGUGUAGUAAGCUGCGCUCUCGCACCUUGCCUGUCAGCCAGAUUGUGAGGGGCUGACACUCGCGGGCACGCAGUGAGUGCGUUUUACGCGACUUUAUCGCCGGCGGGGGUGUGUUUGCGACCACGGCGUGUCGCCUGGUGCAGCCCGCCUUCCAUUCACCGCGUCCGGUCGGCCAGCUCGGACGCUUUCAUUCAUCAUUCGGGCCAAAAAGCUGGCGGCCCUCCGCCCCCGCGCCACCGCCGCCGCCAGCGCAAUUCAAUUAGCGUGAGCAGACCGCUUUCGCCGAGCCAAGCUGCUGCGACGACGUCCUCCGGCCCAAUCGAUUCCCAAGAAUAAUAUGCCGCUGGUGUCUUUAAUAAUAAAAAGCAGCGGCGGCGGCGACAACAACACCGGACGAGCAGCGGAGGCCGUGACCAAGUGGGGGUGGCGAUAGGGUUGCCACCGGCGGGCGCACGGCACCCAGGUCUCACCAGCAUGACGUAAGCGCCUCGCACUGCGCGAGUCAGGAUAUUUUGCAUUGCAAAGCGUCAGCCCAGCACGAUCCCACAGGCACGAGGAGGCAUCGGCGUGAGUGGCAACCUUAGCGGGCUGUUGGGGCGAUGGGAUCGCGAGGGAUGGUCGUAGAUCCAUACGGCGCUGGCGUCGUGGCGUCAGGUGGCAGCCGUUCUCCGCGGGCGUCUGCGCGGAGCCGAUCGGGGGGCGCGCUGGCCCCCACCAGCAGCGGGCUGUACUCGGGUGAGCUGCCCACAGUGGACCGUUCGCCGUCGAGGGGUGCGAGCGGUGGCGCGGCGACGAGCACCCUGUACGGGCCGUACUCCCAGCCGAGCUCAGCGAGAGGCAGCCCCGUAGGCAGACGAGGCGCGGCCGCGUUGGCCGCCUCCACCGGCCGGCCGCACGUCAGCCGCUCGAGCAACAGUUCGCCGCUGCUGCAGCUGGAUCAUGCUUACUACCCCGGCGGCGGCACCAUCGGCACCUUGGGCAUGGAGGGACACUACUACCCCGACGAGCUGCUAGGCGGCGGAGGCAUGGACCCGUCGAUGGAGCGGCGGUCGGGUGCGCCCGGCGGCCACCACCGCUCGCGUAGCGUGUCCCGCUCGGGCCCCGGCGGGGUCGGCUCGGGCCGCUACGCCUCCGAGCCGCCGCACCACGAGCGCGAGUUCGUGCCGAUCAGGGAGCCGCGAGAGCGCUCGCUCGACCGCGGCGGCGUGCGCGAGAGGUCGCUCGACCGUGGCAUGUACAUGGAGGACGAGCUGUACGGGCCGCCACCACCGACGCACCGCUCGGCCCGUGCGUCGCCCAGCGCGGCCAUGAUGGGCGGCACAGCCGCCGGCCUCGAUGGCCGCGGAAACUACAUCGGCGAGCUCACCUACCAGAACAACGACCUGCAGCGAGACCUCGCCACCCUGCGAAAGGAGCUCGAGCUCACCAGCCAGAAGCUCGGCUCCAGCAUGCACAGCAUCAAGACCUUCUGGAGCCCAGAGCUCAAGAAGGAGCGCGCCCUGCGCAAGGAAGAGUCGGCCAAGUACUCACUCAUGAGUGACCAACUCAAGCUGCUCAACUCGGAGAACCAGAAACAAGCCAUGCUGGUGCGGCAGCUGGAAGAGGAGCUGAGAAUGAGGCUGAGGAACAACCCCAGCGUCGAGAUGCAGGCCCAGAUGGAGGCCAUGUUCACAGAGAACGAGCAUCUCACCAGGGAAGUCAACAUACUCAGGGAAACAAUCAAGGAACUGGAACUCAGAAUCGACACGCAGAAACAAACGCUGCAGGCGCGCGAUGAGAGCAUAAAAAAACUGCUGGAGAUGCUGCAGAACAAAGGACUCGGUGGUAAAAUACUAGACUCUGAAGAGGGUGAGGCGAUUUUGGCCGAGUUAGAGUCCCGACUCUUAGACUCCGAGGCCAGAAUGCGGGAAUAUGAUGCGGUGUUGGGCGAACGCGAGCAGGAACUCAGCUUGACCCACCGCGAGCUGAAGAACGCGAACGAUACUGUGCGCGCCCUCCAGAGCCACUUGGAGCAGACCACCCUGCUAGCGGCGGCGGCCAGCUCAGGCCAGCCGGCGGCCGCCACCCAGACGGCCCUGACCGCCAUUCUGGAGACGAAAGACGCGAGGAUCAAUACCCUGGAGAGGGAGCUGGCGCUUCUUGAGCGCGAGUUGCAAAGGAUUAGGGAAAUCCCCGAGCAGUUGCUCGCCCCUCCAUCCACUGCCAUUCAUCUGAUGGACCAACGGCCCCUGAUGGAACCGUUCUCUCACUUCACAUCUUCCCUUGGCCUUAAUGACCCGACAAACGUGGACCCUCGUGCCAAGCGCCAUCUGGAAGAGUUCCGGGCCGAGAUCACGAGACGCGACCAGGAUAUGCUGGCGGUCAGUGCGAAGAUGAAGACGCUCGAGGAGCAGCACACCGACUACCAGAGACACAUAGCCGUGCUCAAGGAGUCGCUGGCCGCCAAGGAGGAGCACUACAACAUGCUGCAGGCCGACGUCGAGGAGUUGCGCGCACGGCUGGAGGAGAAGAACCGGCUUAUCGAGAAGAAGACGCAGGCGGCCCUUCAGGCAUCGCAGGAACGCAACCGCGUGGGCAGCGAGGCGCAGGAGCUCAAGGAGCACAUGGACAUCAAAGACAGAAAAAUCAACGUCCUCCAGAGAAAGAUUGAAAAUCUGGAGGACUUGCUGAAGGAGAAAGACAACCAGGUAGACAUGGCGCGCGCCCGGCUGACAGCCAUCCAGGCGCACCAUGGUGCCUCGGAAGGCGCCCUCUCUACCCUGGAGGAGGCCCUCAGCGACAAGGAGAAGCAGAUGGCGCAAUUACGGGAGCAGCGAGACCGCGCCGAGCGGGACAAAGCCGAGGAGCGCGAACUGCACGAGCGCGAGAUCGCCGAGUACCGUAUGAAGCUUCACGCGUGCAACAGCGAAAUCGAGACGCUGCAGGCGCGUCUCGACAGGGCACUCGCUGACAAGGACAAACUGGAAACCAAACUGGAGAGCUCACAGUCUGAACUUGGAAAGUCCAAGGCUGAGCUUGACAAAGUGUGCGUCGAGAUCGGCGGCCGUGGUGGCGACCUGGAGUACACGCGACAGAGAUUGGCCAGACUCGAAAUCGAGAACGAGCGUUUGCGCACCGAACUGGACCGCGCGCAAGCGCAGCUGGACCGAGCUCAGACACCGUCGCGGCUCGACCUGCACGGCUCCAGCUCCAACCUGUACCUGAGCACCAAUCUGGACAGGGAGCGCGACAGGGACAGGGACAGAGCGUCGAGCAGUAUGGCCCUCAGGGGUGGUGCCGGCGGCACUAGUCCCAGGGAGGAGCGCGGCGGCGGCGGCGGUGGCGGCCUCACCGAAAUGGAGCGGUUGCAGGAGCGAUCUGACCGGGCCUCCUCUGAACUCAGAAGAGCCCAAGCUGAGCUCCGGCUGGCCAACUCGGAAAGAGACAGGAUUAGAGCGAACGCUGAUGCUCUGCAAGAAAAACUGGAAAAGUCCCAAGGCGAGGUGUACCGGUUGAAGGCCCGUCUAGAGAACGCGCAGUCGGAGAAGACUAGCAUGACUGAGGAGUUAGAGCGCGCACAGCAGGCCCUGGCGAGGCUUCACGCUGAGAGGGACAAGGCUGGCGCAGACAUCGAGCGCGUUCGAGACGACCUGGAGAGGGCGCACGCCGCUCUUGCGAAAGACAGGUUGCAGCAUGACAAGCUUCAAGACCAAUUGGACAAGGCGCAGACUGAACUGGAUAAGUCAGUUGAGAAGUUUGACCGAAUGCAGGCUGAGCUCAGAAGGUUGCAAGUCGAGAAAGAAAAAAUGACCUACGAUUAUGAGAAUUUACAAUCCCAAUUGGACAAGUCGCAAGGACAAGCGGGCCGACUGGUGAAAGAGAAGGAGGCAGCUCAGUUAGAAGCUGAAAGGUUUAGGGACAAGGGUGAAAAGGCUGCGGCUCUGGUUGGAAGAAUUCAAAAGGAGAAGGACACUCUGCAGGCCGAGUUUAUCAAAAUGCAAGAGAGAAGUGAAACGCUCCAAGCUCAACUUGGUAAAGCACUCCGAGACAAAGACUCGACCACCGCGGAAGUGGAAAUUCUUAGGGAGAGAGCGGACAAAGCCACGCAGCAGCUGCAGAAAAUACAAAUCGAAAGAGACGAUGCUUUUGCUGAAGUGGAGGUGUUAAGGGACAAACUAGACAAGUCCAACAUGGCGGCACAGAAGGCUCUUGAGGAAAGAGAUCUGGCUAACAAGGAAUUUGAGAGGAUGCUUGAAAAAUACGACAGGUCUCAGGGAGAAGUGUACAGAUUGCAAAAUAGACUGGAAGCGGCCGAGGCCGAGAAGGAACGCAUUGUGGUCGAGGCUGAGAAGUCUAAUUUGCUGGGCACCAAGUCGCGCGAGGAGGCGCGCCGUCUGGCGGAAGAGCUGGCCAGGACGCAGGAACUGUACGAAAGGGCCGCCCUGCAGCUCAGCCGGAACAGGGAGACCGAGGAGAAGACCAAGGACGAGCUGGACCGGCUGACAGUCGACCUGGGCAUGUCCAGGGACCGUCUGGAGAAGUCACAGAUCGAGCUGCGACGGGCCAACUCGGACAGGGACACCCUGAGGGCUGACCUGGAGAGGCUCACCUUUGAGUCGGAGAGGAACGCAGGUCUGGCGGCCAAGGCGCAGUCGGCCGCUGACAAGUCAAGCGACGAGGCGGCCAGGCUGCAGGCCGAACUAGACACGGCCUAUGAGAGGCUGGACAGGAGCGGUGUCGAGCUGCGCAGGGCCACCGCCGACCUGGACACAGUAAAGACCGAGAGGGACGCCCUGAGGGACGAGGCCGAGAGGCACGCAGCCCGCGCCGGCAAGUACCAGGACUCGCAGGAGCAGGCGCAGGCAGAGACCGACAGGCUGAAGAGAGAGGUUGAGUUGCUCAGGGACAGGCUGUCCGCCGCGUCCGCCGAGGCCGAAAGGGUCGGCUCGGUCGCCUCGGCCUCCAGGGACGCAGAGGUCACCCGCCUCAGGCUAGACCUCGAAGACUACAGGAGCAAACUCGAGUUUGAGGCAGAGAAGUCCAGACUCGAGAUCGCCAGACUGUCCUCCGAAGCUUCCAAACUAAGGGAAAAGAACGAGGUGACGCAGACGGAGCUGCAGAGGGCGUUGGUGACCUCAGAGGCGCUGCAGCAGCGGCUGAACGAGGCUCGCCAGGACGCCGAUCGCCUUUCGUCCACGGCCGACUCCACCAAGGAGCGGUUGCACAUCGAGUGCGAAAAACUCAGGGACCGGCUGGAAAAGGCCAGCUUGGAGAACGAGAAGCUCAAGGCCGACGUGGCCAGAAUGGAACGUGGACACAUCACCACGGACAAUGAGAAGGUGGUUCGUGCCGAGGCGGAGAACUCGCGGCUUUCGCGCGAACUGGAGAAGUGCCAAGCACACCUUGCCAAGUACCAGGAGAACACAGAGGCAGCCAGGAUCGAGUUCGAUCGCAUGAACACGGAGCUGCAGCGGCUGCACGGGCAACUGGAGAAGGCACAGGGCGAGCUGGAUCAGGCGCGUCGCGAGAACUCGAACGCGAGCGAGCAGGGACGGCAGAUCGAGCGGCUGAGCGUGGAGAGGGACCAACUGGUGAAGCAGCUGGAGAAGUCGCAGGACAUGUUGAUGAAUUUCCAGCAAGAACUGCAGCAGGCGGAGGCGGCGCUGGCGGCCAAGAGCAAGGGUGGGCAGGCCGGCGAGGUCGAGAACCAGCGGCUGCGCCAGGAGCUGGAGAAGGCGCUGCGCAUGGCCGAGAACACAACUCAGGAGCUUACCAAGGUGCAGGCAAAUCGCGAGGCCGAGGCGCAGCACCUAUCGCGCGAGAUCGAGGCCACGCGCGCCGAAGUCGUCCGCCUCAAGAAGGAGCUCCAGCAGAACAGCACCAAGGACAUCGCAGCCGCCGCCGGAAGGGAUGCCGCAGAGGUCGCCAGGCUCAACAAGGAGCUGGAGGCGGCCAAGGUCGGCCUCAACAACGCCAACGUUGAGCGCGACCGUUUCCAGGCGCAGCUCGAGAUGCUUGUCCAGGAGCUGGAGCAGAAACAGCUGGAUCUUUACGACGCGAAUCAGAGGCUGCAAGCGGGCGCCGCGCAAGGCGAUGCCGAGGUUAUGGCGCAACGCAAGCAACUGGAGGAGCAGAGACGGCGUCUGGAAGAACACAGAAAACAGCUGGACGGCAAGGUGAAGCAGCUCGAAGAGAAGGAGAAGGCGCUCGCCGACGUGGACCAGAAACUGAAAAAGAGGAAGGAGAGAAUGGACCAAGUCGAGGCACAAAUGCAAAAGCAAAUGCAGGAGCAAGGGCAGAGUGCGGCAGGCCAGCAGCAGAUGCAACAGGGCCAGCAGCAGCUGAUGCAGGAGCGAGAACGCUUCAAGCAGGACCGCGAAAAGUUCCAGCAGGAGCGGCAGCAGGUGCAACAGCAGCUGCAGAAAUUCGCGCAGGACCAGCAGAAGUUCCAGCAGGAGAGGCAGAUGCUGCAGCAGGAGAGGCAGAAGUUUGCCCAGCAGCAGAAGCAGAUGGCCGCCACGGGAGGAAAACCUGGCGCCGCGAACCCAGAACUGGAGAAGGACUUAGCCAAGGCCAAGGAGGAUGCCAAGCGGGCACAGGAGGAAAUGGAGAGGCUGCUCCAGCUCGUGCAGAUGAGCCAGGAAGAGCAGAAUGCCAAGGAAAAGACAAUUCUGGACCUACAAACAGCCUUGAAAAACACUCAAGCCAAAUUAAAGCAACAACAGCAGGCGGCUGAAGAGGAGAGAACAGACAAUGACCACAUUGAAGAGCUGCAAGAGGCCCUGCGAGAAAGCGUGCGCAUCACUGUCCAAGAAGAGCAAAAGCGCCACGAAUUGGCCUCAAAGGUCGAUGCGCUAGAAAAGAAGAUUCGAUCGUUGCAGUCGGCCAAAUCGGAACGGUGCUCCACCUGCCGUCCUCUCCUAAGCCAAAUUCCUGCCUUGCAACAAAAACUAGAAAACAUGCUGAGAGAAAGGAGAUCGCAUCUGGAGGAUUUACUUCAUAUGAAACAAGAAGCUCUGGAAGCUGCCCUGAGCGAAAAGGACGCUCACUUGGCUCUGCUGGAAGUGUCCGGUGUCAAAAACGCAUUCCAAGCCGAGCAACUGGAGCGACUGAAAUCUGACCGAGCAAGACUGAAACUAAGGCUGCAAUUUGAGACCGAGCAGGCAGCUCGAUUAAUUCAGCAGUUCAGCGAAGAAGAGACUGCCAUGAGCCAUGAACAGCUUUCAAGCUCUCCCUCGUCGCACUUGUUGCUGGACAUGCUUCUAACCGAACAGACAGAUGGGGACCUUCAUGAUGUUGACCAUAUGGAGCCAGACAGCCUUGAUGAGUCUUCAUCCCAACAAGAAUCUGUGAUGUACGAGAAAAAUUAAACAGUGUGACACUCCUACAAAUCUAAAAAGAAACCUGUGACUGGAUGAACAACUGAGAGUUCGAAGGCGUAAAUCUACGUGUGUCUUGGUGUCUUAUCUUCCCACUGCAGCAGAGUGCGCAUUCUCAUGUGUAAUUGUUUCACUCUCAAAGCAAUAAUAAUCUGUUCCCCGCUCUCAGAGGCAAAGUCGGCGCGACGAGACGAAAUUGUUAUGGUUUGCGCGAAAAUCACGUGUACUUAAAAACAAAACGAGGUACUUUUUCCAGCAGAGUUGUUGCACAAGACAAAAAGAGAACUCUGGGAUGAGAAGACACUGACAAUAACAAACAAGAAACUCAAAUCGAAUCAGAAUUCACAAAGAAAUUAUAUCAAAUCUAAUCCAAAUGUUGUUGCAAGUUAGACGAGUAUCGUUGUCUUCCGUUGCAGGAAGUUGCUGUUUAUUCAGAGUUUUUAAUAUCACUUUGCCAUUAACUCUCACACACGUACACAUACUACACUUAAAUUUUAGUGGGAACUUUGUAUAUACGACGCUACGCAAACCUAGUUUUUUCGGGAUAAAAUGUACGAACAAAAGUUAUAGUUAACAAACAAACAAAAAAUGCCACUUGUCAGGUCGUUAGAGGCAGAAAUCGAAAUAUUCUUACAUCUGUGGCCUACAAAAUAUUGAAUGCACAAUACAUUUUGACAUUUGUUUUGUAAAAUCAUGUCCCUUUUAGUUGCGUAGGCUCUCUUUCUCAGAUCAUCGAUCACGACAAGUUUGUAUACUCUAUUUCUCUCUAACUAACAUGUGCUCCGGAAUUGAAUGUGCGUGUACAUAAAUAUCAAGAAGAAAAAAAUACCAUAUACAUUAAUUACUCUGCCCUAAUCUCAAACUCUUGUAGACGGGAAACGGUUCCAGAGGCGAAUCCGAUUUCCUGCGAUGCCGCUCUGUCACUUGCGGGCCGCGGAGGAAGUUGGGCUUUCCUCGGGGAAAAUGUACAGUAGAGAAAUUCGAAUAAAAGAGAAGCGAUCAGUUGUUUACGAUUUUGUUGAGUUGUACGAGAAUGAAAUGCCAGGAAUACACUGCCGUGUUAUGUGCUUGAAGUGAUUGCUGCUAAAUUGCACUUGACUUGCAAAGUGCAUUGCAACAACAUACAAUGCAUACCAAAUGUAUAGAAGAAAAAAAUUAUACUGAUAAGAAUCUACGAAAAAUUUCAAGUGUAAAAAAAUUGUUGAUUAAGGUACAGUGAACGUGGAAAAUAAUUGCGAGUCACU